UUAAUUUUCUUUCUCUAUGGUAAUGUUUCUUGUCAAUGUGGUAAUUUCGAUCUUGUUUGGAAAAUACGGGUUUUAUUUAUGAAAUUUGUUUGCAUUUACGAUAAAAUUAAUACAUUCCAACACUUUAUAAGUAAAUUCGUUUUGUGAGUUGUGUAUUGGAGGCCGUUGUAGUCAAGUUGUGCUUUUGGAACAGGCUCAAGACGUUGUAGUGGAUACAAUGGCGGUUACAUGGAAUACUAAGUGGAAGUGGAUUACGGGGUACAGCGCCGACUCAGUUGAAUGGUGCCCUGUGGAACGCUUCAAACAUGUGCUGGUAUGCGGAACUUAUCAAUUGGAGAAGAAAGAUGAAGAUGCUAUUUCAGGUGCAAGUUCUGCUAAUCAGCCUAAGCAGAAGCGACUGGGACGAAUAUAUCUAUUCUCUAUUAAUGAUGAGACAACUCAUUUAUCUCCCAUACAAGAAGUAGAUACAGCUGGUAUUCUUGAUCAGAAAUGGUGUUAUCAUACGAUAAAGGACUAUCCGGUUCUAGCAGUUGUGACAUCAGAAGGGGUAACUCAACUUUACCGAUUGGUAGAAGAAAACGGUACACUAAACUUGCUCUUGUGGAUAGAAAACAUAGUCGGUGGAGAGGCGUUGGCGCUGUCUGUUGAUUGGUCGUCAAAUAAAUCCUUUAUGCAGGAACCUAAUUUGGUUAUUAGUGACUCGUCGGGUACCAUUACGGUUUUGCAGAUAGUGGGCGAUUGUUUACAGAAGAUCGGACAAUGGAAAUCACAUUCAUUUGAAGCCUGGAUAGCAGCAUACAACUAUUGGAAUACAGAUUUGUUUUAUUCAGGUGGUGAUGAUUGUUUGCUAAAAAGCUAUGAUAUAAGAAUACCAGAAGCAGUCGUAAUUAACCGCAGCCAUGAGGCAGGAGUUACUAGUAUUAGAAAUAAUGUAGAAGUAGAACAUCAACUUGUAACUGGAAGUUACGAUGAAAAGGUUCGCCUCUGGGAUCUUAGACAACUAAAACGCUGCCUCAGCGAAACGGAUGUGAAUGGUGGUGUUUGGCGUUUAAAGUGGCAUCCAUUCGACAAAAGUAUAAUUUUAGCGGCUUGCAUGUAUGGAGGUUUUCGCAUUCUUCAAGUUGAGGAAAAUGUUUGCGUGAUGGCCGAUUAUUUGGAACACGAGAGCAUAUCGUAUGGAGCUGACUGGAAAUUUGAUAAUACCGUGUCUUUAAUCGCAACAUGCUCUUUUUAUGAUUGCAAUUUACAUAUAAGUGAAUUAAAGGUAAAAAAUCAUCCUUUAGUAUAAAUAUUUAGUCUGUGGAUUGUCUAAAUUCUAAAACAUUGAAAAUGUUUUUAUUUAAUCAAGAAUAAAAAUACUGUAGGAUGCAAAAG